AUUUGUUUUACUUGAAAUAAUUAAAAAUUAUCCCACAGUGCUUCCCUUUUUAGCGAUGGAGAAUAGUUUGCUUGAAAGUAUCUUCGAAGCGAUCACCUUCGGUGAUGAAACGAAGUUGCAAAACUGUAUUGAAAAGGCAACCAUCGAUACCGUCUUGGAGUUCCGGCGUUUUUACGAGGAAUCGCCUCUGCAUUUGUGUGUGAAAUUCCGCGGUGUGAAUCAUCUCGAUGUAGUGCGUCGUUUAUUGGCAAGUGGAUUGUGUGAUAGCACCACCGUCGAUAGCGAAGGACAAACCGUUCUCCAGUGUGCUCUGGCGAAUAGUGGAGACGGUGAAUUGGUUCAAUCUCUGAUAAAAGAAGAAAUUGAUGGAUUGGAUGAUGCAACCGCAUGCUACAAGGUGUUAAGACAUGACUCGUUGCAGAUUUUUAAAAAGUUUCUUCUUAUCAAGGAGUUUAAAGAGGAAGAAGAAUUUCAACACAUAGCGAGUGCAUUAAUUCAACUAAAUGUAAAGAAUGUGGUUCUGUCGAAAGAUCUGCAUCACUUCGUGCUGUGGAAACUGUCCGACUAUGGUUUUCGCAAGCUGUCCGGCAACUGGUCCGGAACGAAGGAUCCAAACGAAUGGAAAAAUCAUAUCGACGUUAUAACCGAAUGUUGGAGUGUUAUAAAGCUGCAGUACAAUACCCGACUGUACUCGGAUGUUGACGAUCUGUUCCUGCAUCGACUGCAAACCGUGCACAACCAUCUGUACUUUCUAAAGCACAAACAAUUUCUUGCCCAUCUGCCAAUGCAGCAAGCAAUAUUUUGUGUGGCCAUAUUUCUGUCCAUCUAUCGCAACCCGGAACAGUUUCAGGAGUAUCGUCUAAUGAUUAACAAAUGUCUGGUGAUCGAGUUUGUACGCAUGAUAAGCGAACAGUUGGCAAUAGUGAAAACGUAUAUGGAACGAACCGAAACAGAGCUGUUGUCGAUAAUGAGACGCAUUUUAACGUCAAAUACAAUCACGAAAGACGAGAUAAUCGCGGAUCUAUUGGCAAAAAUGGAAUCGUCCAACAUGAAGAACAAAGCGCACGUGAUCAAACAACUAAAGGAUCGUGUGGAAAGGAUUGAUGUCUCGAAUAAGCAUAGCUUAAUCAAGGAUAUGCUGGAUAAGGCAGAAAGUAUCGAUAAAUCGUGGACCGAAGAAAAGGCAAACCAACUGAUCGAGGAUCUGUUUGCAAAAAUGAUAUCGUCCAAUCUACCGAACAAAGCGCACGAGAUAAGGAACUUAGAGGAACGUACGAAAAUGGCUAAUGCCGUGAAUAAGGACAGCUUAAUCAUGGAUAUGCUAGAAAAGGUGAAAAGAAUCGAUAAAGCGUGGACCAAAGACAAGGCCGAGAAAGUAAAAGAGUUACAUAAGAAGGACAGUGAGCAAUUGAUUGAGCAGAUCAGGAAAUGUUUACGUCACGUGUCUCAUCCACAAAAUGUUGUGAACGGGUUGAUGAGCGAUUGGAAAAAGGGAAGAACGGCUGAAACCAUCGUCGCAGACAUCGUGUCCGGUGAAACAUUCACUCUGUCUCAUCUGAUGCGUGGUAAAGAUCGUCGCAUCAAACGCAAGCUGCUUAAAUAUUACAGCAAAACCAAGCAAUAUUACUCACUGUGCAAGACCGUGUUGUACUGCGAGCGAGUACGGAACUCGAAUGAAGGCGAGCAAUCCACUUACGCCGAAUUGGCGUGUAUGAAACGAGCGGUGCAGGUAUUUGGAGAAGCCAUCAAGAACACGGCCAACUCUCCCAAUAUGCCGGGAAAGACGAAGAAUGCUGUGGAAUCAAUGUUGACCGCACAAUUUCCCAUCAUAAGCAAAUCCUACCGGGAGGCGUUUUCGCACAGUUUCAGCUUAAAAAAGGAGCUUUUUGGAGAGUUGUUUGAUAAAUGGGUGUUUCAAGCGUUUCGCUCGAACUACAACAACCUGAGAAUGGUAGUUCAGCUGCUUUAUGUCAUCGCCGCCGAGGAUGUGCGGCAACUGUUCUUCGGUUAUAUGCGCCAAUGUGACACUUUCGAGAAGCUGCGCUCGUUGGUACUGUACGUCGAAGAUAUGAAGGAAUUGGAACAGCGUCAGCUCGCUUGCUACAAACAGGUGACGAAGUAUUACGAUGAAGCAAAAACCACGUUCGAGAAGCUAGCAAAAGAACCUUUCGGCAAAACGCCCAACUUUCAGCAAGUGCACAAGCGUCUAAAGCUGCAAUGUGAUAUCGUAAGCGAAAUGAGCAAAUAUUUCAAAGAAAAUGAUGACAUUAACUAUAGCAAUAUACGGAGAGCAUGUUUGUCUAGUGACGAUUUGGCUUCCGUUCGAAGGUUGUUGAAUUGGAAGCUAAGAAAUAGAUGGGCACACGAAUUCUUCCAGAAAUCGCGCUCGUGGUGGUCAGAUAAUGACUUGAAAUGUUUAACAUUGAAAUGCGACGACGAACGUUUUCUAAAGUAUUUUCCUCUCAUAAAUGUCAGUAUUCUUCAAAAUGGAUUUAUCAUACAGCAGGCCAUCGAAAAAUUCGAAUACAUUGUGCAUACGCGUCAGUUGACACAGGAUCUCAUGAUCGCCGAUAAGAUCGAUGAAAAAGCGUUACAGGAUCUCAAUUUGUGCUUGAAAUCUUACUAUGAUGAUAUCUUCACCAUCGACAAGAAAUGGAAGAUGCUGGAAAAGUUUUACGAAAAUAGUAAACUGCCCUGGAACAAGGAACUUACCCGUGAGUUGGUGAAACGUGAUCAGAACUUUUUGCAGAAGUUAUAUGACAGUAGUCGCAAUCAGUUGCGAGAAAUUCUGAAACAGCAUGGUCUAAAUACAGUUGACGGAUUGGUUACGCGGUUACACGAGCUUCCAACCCAUAUGCUAAGCGCUAUCGAAUACAUCCAACUGGAGCUUUGUGAGAUGCUGAGAGCAGUCGGUUACUUUGGCGAUAGUUUCCAUUACCUGAAGAGUCGCAUUCCUAUGAUACAGGGAUUAAACUAUCGCAACUUAUUGGCCCAUGACGCCCUAUCCUAUAAUCUGCUAACGGACAGCUCGAUGGAGAAGAUCGUAAUUAAUGCAUUUGUGUUCUCCAACACCAAGAUACAACUGUUCGGAAAUACUGGUGCUAACAAGGUGGAUAUUAACGUUCCGACGUUGUCUCAAACGAAUCACUGGGUUGAUCUGCAGAAACGAUUGCUGGAAGCAUUCAAAACGAACGACGUCCAAGGGAUGCACAUGAUAGGACAGGAAGGCGGAGAAGUGAAGGCCAGAUUUUGCUGUACGCAGAACGCAUCAUACCUGCCUACGAGUUUCGUUCAACUUCUAAAGCUGAUAAUUCCUUGUAAUGCUGAUGUGUCAGUUGUACAAUACCUGAAUCAGUACUUUGUCGGAUUUUUGGAACAAUGCAACGAUCCUAAAUAUCAAUUAUCGAUGGCAUUAAAAUUUCGCGACUUUCAGGCAGCCUAUGAUUGUACAAUAGUUGCUCGUGGUGGUUGUUUGAUACCCGAUGAGAUGUUUGAUUGGGAAGAGCUUAUGGUUCACGUUCGAGAAACGGACCUGUUUGUCUAUCUGGUUGCGGACAUUAAUAAGGACACCAUUUUGAAAAAGUUUAUCGAGCACGGCAACAAAGCAGGUGUGCAGGAGAUGCUACCGUACUUUGAAAACUUCCACACUGCGAACGGUUGUGGCCCAUUAGGCAAUGCGUUGUUCUUCUGUGUUCGUUCAAUUGCGGAUUUAUUGUUACCAUUUUCGGUACCUCAUCAAGCGAUACUGUUGUUUGCCAUCAUUUUACACUGGAAUGAUAUCUUUACGAACAUGAUGGAAAGAGCAGAAAUUGAUCAGCUUACAUUUGCAUAUUUGCUCAAAACAACUGUCCAGGCGAGAAACUAUGAUAUCUCGGUAUAUCUGUUGGAAAAUGAGGCAUUUACAAAUUUCAUUCCCUACGCAUUUGUGGAUUGCUGUGAAACAGCGGCUUCCAUUGGUGAACGAUCCAUUUUGCAGCAUUUGCUUGAGAGAUGCCCCACGACAUCAAUUGUUAACAACAACUUAGUUACCAUCCUGCACCAAGCAGCACUAAACCAGCAGUGGCACUGCAUACAGCUACUAUUGGAGCACGAUGUUCCGGUGGCUGUAUUGGAUUUCCUGAGAGCGAAACAUUUCACGCUUCUGACGCUCGUAAAGUAUGGUCACCGUCGAUUAUUUCGAAAAAUUAAAUCCAUCAAGCUCGAGAUGUUCGGUACGGAUACAGAACAUCCUUUAACUGUGGCGGUUGUAAAUGGUACGGCAUCGAAACGAAUGAUCCGAUCGCUGCGCACUUUCGGGUUCGAUUGGCUCGACAGCUCAUCAAUACUGCAUGCAGCGAUAAAAAGCAAAAACAAGAAUGUGUUUAAAACGAUACAGAAAAUUAUCAACGAUCAUUGUGCGGUGAAUCCUGUUACUGAACUUGAUCACUUCCGACACGCCUUAAUAGUGCUACAGCGCUGGAAAAUGAUCUCAUUCGUUGAGGAGUCCAAAUCGAUCGGAUAUGGUUCGCUGUUUUAUGCUUUAGCGAUAGAUGAUAAAGGAAUGGUAGAAGAGUUGCUUAGCUGGGCGCGUCAAAUGCGUACGAUCGAGGAGUUAGGCAUAAUCGGUGGUAUCGCCUGGGAACGGAAUUCGCUUUUUAUCUGUUUUGGUAAAAUAAACGACGCGUGUAGGAUGUGGAAUACAUGGGACAACUGCAAAGAUAUGAUCAGCCGGAUGGAAAUCUGGGCAGUGGUGGGUGAGAUGAUAUGGCAACAGUUUACACUAAACGCUCAGUCCUCGACUCCGGUCACGUUCUACGUUUUAACUACAGAGGAUGAAGUCGUAGAGCCUCCUCAAAAUUCAACUUUUGCUAUGAGUGGUGCAGCGUCAUUGAAGGAAAAUUUGGAGGAAUUCCUAAGGUUUGUGAAUAUCGCACUAAGCAACUUUACAAUAAUUUAUGCGAAGUUUUCUACGACGGAUGGAGCAACGAGAUGUUUCUGGAAAAUCGAGGAAAUUAGUUGCAUGUACGACAUUCUUCCACCAUCCCAAAAAGGUGUUGAUUUAACGGAUACAGUAAACAACGGAGAUUUUCAUGGUGAAACUUUGCUGCAUCAUUGCGUUCGGAAGUAUACAGUCGAAAUGAUAAAGCUUUUGGUAGAGAAUGGUGCCAAUCCACUAUUGAAGGAUAACACCAGCAAAUCUUCCAUCGAAAUGUCGCUGCUGGGAACACUGGACUAUUCCGUAGCACGGUAUCUACUCGAUGAGUGUGUUCGACGCGAUCUACGCAAUGAAAAUGGUUGUUCCGUGCGGGAAGCCUAUAAUCCCAAUUCCGGUGACAGAUUAAUCCAUACCGCCAUACUGGUUGCUCGACAAGAUAUCGUAAAACGGUUGCUGGAGAUUGGCGUUGAUGCUUGGGUGUUGAACAAUGACGGUGUAGCACCAGCCCAUCUUGCUGGGAGUAUUAGGCUCUACAACGUAUGUCACAUAGUUAAAAUGAUUCUUGAUUACGACUCUACCCAGAUAGACAAGGUAGACAAAAUGAAUUGUACCCUUCUACAGUGUGCAGUCGGGUUCAAUUUGUUAGAACUGGUGGAACUGGUGCUAAAAUACAAACCGAAUUUGCUUCUGCGCCAUAAUGGCAUGACGGCGCUUGGCAUGGCUAUCGUGAAGAAACACAUCGAGUGUGCCAAGUGUUUGCUUAACUAUGCUAUCGAAAACAACAUUCAGGGUAUUACACAAGCAGAUAAGCAGGACGAUCAUGUCCUACUGUCACUGUUCUGCAACGAUUACGAUCUAUCAAAGAUGCUGCUGGAGUACGAGCUAGGGCACAAGCUGGAGGAGGUUGAUGAGCGUGAUCUGCCCAGAAUUAAAUCUAUUCUCGAAGGGUUAAUGCCCAGACGGCCGGAUGUUGCGAUGGCUCGUGUAGUUGAGGAGCAUAGGUUCAUCAAUUCGCAUAACUUUCUGCAAGAAUUGCGUAGGCUCAUUGUUUGAUCAGAGAAAAACCUAUCUUUCUUAACUUUUGACAUAAUUCCUAACGGCAAAAUUAAUGGAAAAUACGGGUGUUUGUACUUUAAUUGAAACCUUCUCAGGAAGCAAAGAUAUCCCAACUACAUUUAUUUGUAGAAUUGUAUGUGCUUUCAACAUGCUGCAUACACAAUAUUAGCAAGUUUGACAAUAAAAUAAGUUUGUUACAAAUAAUUCUUGAUUGAGGUUAAAUGUCUACUUCAAAUGAUUAUGGGAAAGAGAACGAUGAGAACAAGGAAAAUGAGUUAAGCCUCUAAUUAGAAGCCAUUUGUUCAAAAGAACGAAUGAAUCGAUUUUUGAUAUCAAAAAUAAAAAAAAAUAAAUCAAAAAUUCAAACAUUGCAAUACAAACUAGAGUGA